AACAUUCCACAACCAUCACUGGAUACAAAGAUGGCGAUAAUAGCGCUAUUCUUCCCUCCAUUACCUGCUUAUAUACAAACUAUUUUGUUAUUAUGCAGAUACCUCGCUUUCAGCGUAACAUUUCCUAUCGUAUUUCUGAUGCUACUCGAUGCAUCUGCAUACGUCGUAUUCAGAACAUUAGGCAUUUACGCUAGGAGAGUGCGCGUUGUCGACAAAGCUGGCAAAUCAGUAGCCGUUGAUAUGAUACCCCCACUGUCUAGCACAUCCAACACGCCACCAAAGCAGAAAGGCACUCUUAAAGCUUCAUUUCUAGAUGGAAUAAAUAACGAAAGUUUAAACAGGCGUUCAAUUAACCAAAAUUGCUUGAAAACACUCGCAAACAAUCUGAAACUAAACUCAAAUGAGUUAACAGCACACCAAGCAGCAAAUGUACCACUACCAGCCGACGCCGAUAAGGGAUUGAAUCAUCGCCGUCCUCUAGCGGCGGCCUAGCAUUCCAUAUUUGGAAAUAACGACAGUGAGACGAUACAAUUGUAAAGUACGACACAGACAACUUCAAGGACAGUUCUCUUCAUUCUUCAU